UUUGUACAUAUUCGCAAAUUGAAAGAUAAAUAGCUUUUAAUAGCGUUUUAUAUUUAUAUUAAAGCAUUAAUGACGGCUUGGUACCAAAAAACAAUCAGAGGGGUGUUAUUAGAUAUAACUGGAGUGUUAUAUGACAGUGGACCUGAUGGAGGAGUUGCAAUUGAAGGAUCUAUCGAUGCUGUGAACAGAUUAAAGGCCUCAGGUCUUCCAGUAAGAUUUUGUACCAAUGAAACCACCACCACCAGGAAAAAACUUGUGGAGAAGUUGUCAAAAGUUGGGUUUGAAUUGAAAGAAACUGAGAUAUUUCCACCAAUACCAGCUGUGUGUAAAAUUCUUCAACAAAGAAGCCUGAGACCAUACCUUAUUGUAACUGAUGAAUGUCUCCCAGACUUUGCGGCCGUUGAUCAGACCAACCCAAAUUGUGUUGUUAUUGGAGAUGCUGAGACAAACUUUUCUUAUGAAAAUCUUAACAGAGCAUUUCAAAUAAUCAAAUCCUUAGAAAAUCCAGUGUUAUUUUCAAUGGGCAAAGGAAAGUACUACAAGCAUGGGGGACAACUGGUUUUAGAUGCUGGCCCAUUUAUGAAGGCACUCGAGUAUGCUUGUGAUAUUGAAGCAGAAGUGGUAGGGAAACCUGCAAAAGCCUUCUUUCAUACAGCUGUACAAGAUAUGGACAUAACACCUGAAACAUGUGUUAUGGUUGGUGAUGAUAUAGUUGGUGAUGUUGGUGGAGCACAGAAUGCUGGUCUAAGAGGUAUACAAGUUAGGACAGGUAAAUUCAGGUAA